UUUUUCUUCGGGAACAAGAUUGGAAGGCAUUACUGCCUAUUUUAUUUGACAAUUUGAUUGAAGGAUAGUCGAUUUACCAAUUUCGAGUCCUGCACCUUUGAUGCGGCGAACAGUUCUACCUUUUAAACGACUACUUUUAUGCCCGACUUUAAUGAAAUUACAGAGAAUGUAUAGAGGAUGAAAUGCUCUCAAGCGAACAAAAGUGCAAUGUCCAAGGAACAAUUAUAGGGCUUUCUCUGGCAUCGUUUGAACGGAAAGUGUAUCACUCGAAUGGUAAGGGGUUUUUUUCGAGUCCUGCAUCGUGAGCACAAAAUCUCUGAAACGAGAAAAUUUGAUAAAUUGUAAUGUCUCCCCACAUUUCCUUAUAGUAAAUGGCAGCCAUUUUGACAUUGUAUGUGCACUAUUACGCAUGCGUGGCGGCCAUGUUGUCUCGUAUUUCUGGGAAUGGCCCGGUGGACGAGUGAGCUUGACUUCGCUAUCCUCUCUAGUUGUCGAACGCAGUUUAUGUAAAUUACAGACAGGAUUAUAUUGUAUCCGAGCGAACGCUUAGCUCGAUAAACGCUCUACAACUUUUCCUUUUUAGCCUUUGCUUCAGAAAACAACUUGAACUGACCUGACUUUGUUCACAAGUUAUUGCCAUUUCGGUGCGAAACUUGAACGGGCAUGUAGGACUAACGUGUAGCACAAAUACAAAUAUUUUGACAGGUCAUUCUUGCGCGACUGGCGUCAUGAUUGUGAAACCGGUUUGGCAAGUAAUCUGAGAAGUCGCUAACAUCAUAGUGAGGCUGGUCAUCCGUUGCACCAGACGCUCUUUCGCUUCGCUCAAAUCGUUGUCGCCGCGAAGCUCGGAGCCUCUGGUACCCAGGGUACACAAACAGCAGAAUCUGCUGAUAUAGUAACAAUACAGUCAAUUGGACACGGUUAUGACAAGGCUACGACACGAUCACAACACAUCAACAACACGAUUACGACGCAACCAUCGCACGAUUACGACAAGGCUUAAACAUGACUAAAACAAGGCCAUAACACGAUCACAGUAUGGCCACCGCACGAUCAGGAUACGACCAAGACACGGUCACGAAACGGCCUCGACAAGCUCGUGACAUGGCCACGACACGCUCACAACACGAUCACGAUACGGCCGCUGCACGAUCACGAUACAGCCACAACACGGUCGCGAUAAGGCAACCGCACGAUCACGAUACUGCAACGGCACGUUCACGAAAUGGUCACGACACGGUUACAAUACGACUACGACACGGCCACAACACGAACACGAUACGGCCGCCGCACGAUCACAUCACGACUACGACACGGCCACAAAACAAUCGUGAUACGGCCACGAUACGGUCAUGAUAUGAAACGAGUAUCUCACCGUCACAACCUGGUCACCGCAGAAUCAAGACACAGUAUCAAUACUGUCACAACACGGCCAAGACACGACGAGGAUACGAUUGCGAUAUGACGAUACGUGACCACGGCACGUUCAUCUCGGGAAACAAACAUGACAUGAUAUCGUACAGUCACGAGUUUGUCAUAACUACGAAACAGUCUCAUGAGAACGAGAUAGUCUAACCAAAGCCACUAAGCCACGGCUAGCUCACGACAGAACCAAUACACGGUCGUUCUUACAAGUUUGGUUCAAUUUCAGGAGGGAUGCUGCUAAACAUUUCUUCAACUGCUUCUGUUCUGUCCAGUCCGUGGUUUAACCGUUCUGGCUCAGAGUACGAGUCUUGCAUGAGAUUUCGUUACCUAGCAACGGGAAGAAGAACCGCCAGACUCGUCGUCUCGUUGAGAGUUGAGGGGGAUCCUAUGGGCGAGAGGCCGGUGUGGGGGGCAGGAGGAGAUGACGGAGGAGCGUGGCGGUACGGACAGGUAGUGAUCGGUACCGUCACUAGAUAUCAGGUCUCCUUUCAAGCGGCGUCCGUUGACCACUCGUCCAUGUUUGCAUUGGGGGGUGUCUGGUUUAGCUCUGGGUAUUGUGCAACCACGCCUCUAACCGCAGCUUCAGCAUGUAAUGAACACUUCACAGCGCCAUACGGGAACAUCACUUCUCCAAACUACCCCGGCUAUUACCCACGUGACACCAAAUGCGAGUGGCGGAUAACCGCCCCUGUCGACAACGUGAUUAGGAUUACAUUCCGGACAUUCCAAUUGCCUGAGCUACCACGCUGCACAGGAGACUAUCUUGAGUUGCAUGACGGGAUACCUAGUGCUUCUCACAAAUCGUCGGUGAUUGGACGAUUUUGCGGCAAUUACUACCCACCUGUUGUUGAGUCGUCGGCUAAUCGGAUGGCUGUUGUUUUUAAAAGCAGCAGCAGCGCUGUUCCCGCAUCUGGAUUUUGGCUCUAUUACGAGGUUUUCGAAAACAAAGACAUAAAAUCCUGUUCUGGAAACACUGCUGAAUGCCCCGCUAGCUGCACGUGCUACCAGUCGUCAGGAAGCAUUCCUCGCUUCGUGGUUGAGGGCAGAUUGUUAUCUGCUGUACCACGUGACAUCCCAGAAUACACCGCGGUAUUAUUACUGAAAGGCAAUCGCAUCAACGAAGUCAAGAAGUCUGACUUUGCCUCGCUCCCAUUAUUAGAAUACAUUGAUCUCAGCGGAAACAUCAUCCUUCGCCUUCAGGAUGGAGCAUUUUCUAAUCUUCCCUCCAUCAAGGAUAUUAAGCUGUCCUCCAACUUUAUACAAAAGCUGAGGUACCAAGCAUUCAAAGGCCUUUCCUCCAUAGAAACAUUGGAUGUAUCUAGUAACAUUCUUGACGAUAUUGGACCAGAAACUUUCAGUUCAAUGAGCAACCUGAGAGUUUUGAGUCUGAGAGGGAACAACAUUACGUCGUUACAGGGCUUGUUUCAGAACUGCACUAAUCUAACGCAUCUCUACCUUCAAGAUAACAAAAUUGAGCAGAUUCCAGACGGGGUAUUCAACUCACUCCAAAGCCUACGAGUUCUAUAUCUAAACAACAACAAAAUCAAGAGAAUCAGCCAAGACUCAUUUCUUGGGCUGGUGUCUCUGCAAACACUAUAUUUGCGUAGCAACAAGAUUUCAGCAAUCACAGAUGACUCGUUUAGAAGUAUGGCUCUCCUUCGUCAUUUGACACUUGACCACUUCACUCUUUGCUGCUACGCCUCGAUAGCUCUUCCUAACGUCGACUGCAAAGCACCUAAUGACGAGUUUUCAAGCUGUGACGACCUAAUGAAAGACAAGACCCUCCAAGUCUGCAUCUGGGUGCUUGGCAUCUCUGCUUUCUUUGGGAAUAUAUUCGUUGUUGCUUACCGUCUAGUCGUCCUUGAAGACAAUCGGGUUCAAUCCCUUCUAUUGACGAACCUUGCUAUCUCUGACUUCAUGAUGGGCCUCUAUUUGCUUAUAAUUGCCUUCAAAGAUGUGCAGUGGCAAGGAGAGUACUUCAAGUACGAUCUCAGUUGGAGAGUCAGCGGAUUGUGUCGGUUCGCAGGGGCGCUCUCAAUGAUCUCAAGCGAAGUCUCGGUGCUUAUGCUGACCAUCAUAACUUUAGACAGAUUCAUAUGUAUCGUUUUCCCUAUGAGGUUUGGCAGACUUGGCUUGAAGAAAGCUUUUGCACUAUGUAUUCUUGUAUGGACAUUUGGAAUGCUCAUUUCCAUUGUUCCAAUUCUGGGGAUUGAAUAUUUCUAUGACGAGCAGUUGGAAAUUGGAUUCUAUGGCCGUUCCUCUGUAUGUCUUCCUCUUCAGCUUAGCUCAGAUCGCCCGGCUGGAUGGGAGUACUCUGUCUCUUUCUUUAUUGGGCUAAAUUUUAUGGCUUUCAUGUUCAUACUGGUCGCUUACAUCGCCAUAUUUUGGACAGUGCGAAAGUCUUCAGCAGCGGUAGGAUCCAGGAACGCUAAGAAAGAGGCUGCUUUGGCAAGAAAGUUGAUGGCUAUCAUUAUGACUGACUUUUGUUGCUGGAUGCCUGUGAUUUUCAUUGGGAUAUUGUCGCUUACUGGAGAUUUUCGUGACCCACAAAAAUUGGCAUACGUUUGGAUAGCGGUGUUUGUUUUACCCGUAAACUCUAGCAUCAACCCCAUAUUGUACACUUUUUCUGGGCAUGUCAAGAAACUGGCGAUGCAGUACAGCCGAAGCAUGUGGGAAUUCUUACAGAACAAGGUGUCAUCAACAGCCUCCGUUCAAGCGAGCCCCGGUCACAGUCGUUGCAGGGACGACAAGAAACAUGUCAUUGCACAAAAGGUGUCCUCCGAAGGCUCCUUGACACUCAAGAUCACCGGAAGAGCAGAGAUUUUACCGGAAUCCGGCAACGGGGUGGGCUACAUCAAAGGCUUCGUGUCUGGCGCGACGACAGAGCAACUGCUAAAGGUGUUUCCAGAAAAAAAUGCGAAGGAAUUCAAACAUGAGGUAGCAGUGUUGAAGAAAAUAAUCUCGGCUCAAGACCACGACAAUCUGCUCAAAUAUCGCUGGCACCAGAAAGGCAAAUCUCUUGUUUUUGACAUGGGCGAUGCAAAAGGGAUUAACUUGAACUCUAACUACAGGGUAAUCUGCUUCGAUUACCCCCCAUCCAUGUCAACCUUGAGUGCCUUUCUGUGUGAGGCUGAUUUCACAGUUAGCCUAGAGACUCUUCUAGCAAUCAUUAUAGACGCAAUGCAGGGGGUCGAGCACCUUCACAAGCAUGGCGUCGCCCAUGGCAACAUCAAUCAAGACACUGUACUUGUCUGUCAGGCAAGAAGGACGCCCUCCAUCAAAGUGUGUAUCGGAGGUUACGAAACCGCUCGGAUAAUUGCCAGAAGAGAUACAGAAGCUUAUCGGAUAGACGUCCAUCAACUUGGAAAGCUUCAGCAACUGACUCUGCGAAGCUGUGGAUACGACAAAGACAUAAGUGCACAGAUACGAGAGGUGAUUGACAUGUGCUACUGGGAUGCGACCAAUUGGAAGCUCAGAGUCUCGGAAAUACGACAACAGCUAGAGCAGGCGUGGAUCUCAACCAACGAUCGGGAAACCCGUGUGUAGAGUGAGCCAGCACAGCAAGUCAGCCUCAAAGAUACGUCACAUAUACAGCAUGCGCGAAGCACCGCUAUGAUGCACUUGUAGUCUGUUAGUACAUCUCUUGUCUAAUGGCAACUAUCAAUCAAACGGAAAUAAGAAGGUGGCCUACAUAAUAUAUAGAUUUAGGUGGUGCCUGAAAGCGUACCCACAUUGAACAUCUUUUUCUGUUGACUGAUUGAUGUAGUUUUAUUUGGAUCUGGGUGUCCAUGGAUCUAGGUGUCGUUAGAAUUUUUUAAUGAGAUUGAAAUCUCCAAAUUUAUUACCGUUAAGUAAAUUAUAAAUUUUAUUGGCCCCUCCAAAUAGGUCAAGCCCUUAUUCAAUAAUAUCGAGUAUGCAGUAUUUACGCUAAAAAAAACACAAAACCUGGUGUGGAAAAGGCUUUCAAAGUUCAAAGUGUCUUAGUUGACAGAAAAUAUGUGUCAAGAAAAGUCAAGAAGUUAAUUCUAAUUUCCCUUUAUGGGGGUCUGCCCUGAAGAAAUCUUAUAAAAGACGAAUUAUUUGGCAGAGUCGAAUACCAUUUUUUGGUGUAUUGUAUUCUAAUGAUUCCAAAAAUAUAGUUAGAUAGUUUAGAGUACAUACUGUAGUUUUCAUGUACCGCUUUAGUAAUGAUUCCCCAUUUAUUGGACAGAUUAUUCAGAAGAAUGUUUGGAUAUUACAAUCCACAAGUAGUCCUCCUGUCAUGCAUUACGUAUUGUUGCACCCACCCUUUAGCAAAUGGUGGCCUGUUGUUUUCCGAAACUCCGGAUCCACCCAUUUGCAACUCCAAAACUAAUCAGUAUUUACGCUAACAAACACAAAACCUGGUGUGGAAAAGGCUGUCAAAGUUCAAAGUGUCUUAGUUGACAGAAAAUAUUUGUCAAGAGUCAAGAAGUCAAUUCUUAUUUCCCUUCAUGGGGUCUGCCUUGAAGAAGUCUUAUAAAAGACGAAUUAUUUGGCAGAGUCGAAUACCAGUUUUUGGUGUAUUGUAUUUCAAUGAUUCCAAAAAUAUACUUAGACAGUUUAGAUGACAUACUGUAGUUUUCAUGUACCGCUUUAGUAAUGAUUCCCCAUUUAUUGGACAGAUUAUUCAGAAGAAUGUUUGGAUAUUACAAUCCACAAAUAGACCUCCUGUCAUGCAUUACGUAUUGUUGCACCCACCCUUUAGCAAAUGGUGGCCUGCUGUUUUCCGAAACUCCGGAUCCACCCAUUUGCAACUCCAAAAAUUAAUGAAGUGGAAGUAAAUAAAAAAUAUCUAAGACUACUACAAGUCCUAGAUUUCAAUUCCUAAUUUUAAACCAAACAUUUUCACUGAUCAAUUUUAGAUGUAAACAGGAAACAGCAAAGAAUAUCAAUUGCAAAAACAAAUAGUAAAUGGCGAGCGGGAAAAGGACAAAAUGUGACUCUCCUUGAAAAAAAAUACUCUUAUGGAUGAAACAGCAAUCCAAUCAUAGAAUUAUAUAGUUAGACAAUUAUAUAGCUUAGAUUCCUUACUGUAGUGUUCAUGUAUCACUUACUGGUGAUUCUAAAUCCUCAAGGGAAUUAAAAUCCACAAAUAUACAUCAA